AUGAUUGGCUACCCGAUAGUGUUCCGAUGUUGUGAAUGUACUGUCGAAGAGCAAACGAUGGAGCACUUGGAAAGUCACAUUUGGAGUCGACAUUUGCAAGCAUUCCCGUUCAAAUGUGCUCAUUGUGAUUUUCCAGCACUCAGUGCGAUUAGUUUAAUGGAACAUUUUGAGCAGAACCAUGCGGAAGUGACGACAGUCGAAUUCAAGCGAAAUCUAGAUGAUGAGAAAAGGUUUCGAAAAAUGGUUGCUGAAUCGAUUGCGAUAGAAAUAGAAGACACUUCACAACAAGAUGCAGGUGUUCAGAUGGAUUCGAUACAGCCGAUGAUGCAACAAGGCCCAAGACAGAUAAUGCUGCUUCCUCCACAAACUAGUCGAUAUCAAGAUAUCGACGACAGUCCAGAGCCAGAAGACAAUGAUUUCGGAGUGAUGGAGGACGAUGAGAACGUAGAAGAAUUGAUUGAAGACGACGAAGAUGAUGAUUAUAUUGAUGAACUCGGAAAUCCAGUGUUUAUCGGUGCUCAUGACGAUAAUAAUUUCAUUUUGGACGAUGAGAUUUCUCAGCAGGGUGGCUGUAAUAUGCGAGGCAAUAGCUUCCACCUAAAGUACAUCCGAACGAGACGAAUGGACAAACUGAUUGACAAUGUAGUUGUGAAUGCUGCUCAACGGACUUCUCCAGAUUCAGUAAAACCUGUCAAUUUGUAUACAGAAAUCUCAUGCUUCACAGUGUUUCAGACUAUUAAUCCAACAAAUGGUGAAGGACAUUAUGUGGAUGGUCGAGGAGGAAGGAAAGUCGGAAGAUAUCAGUGUGAUCAGUGUCCUAGGUCUUUCAAGUAUCAAUCAAAACUCGACGAGCAUCGACGAACUCAUCUCGGCGUCCGACCCUUCAAUUGUCCAUAUUGUGACCAAAGUUUCACUCAAAAAGGAGCUCUCAAAACCCACAUGAGAACACAUACCGGCGAACGACCAUUCUAUUGUCAAUGGGAUUGUGGAAAACAAUUUAUUUCGUCGUCCGCAAGAAGGCAUCACGAGAAAACUCAUAGCGGAGAACGACCAUAUAUUUGUAGUGUUUGUGGAAAAGGUUUCACAAAGAAUUCGCAUAAUAUCCACAAUCGAGAGAUAAUCCAAAGAGAUUCAAUGCUACAAGGAGGUAUGCGAUCGCCGGAGAUCACAGUGAGUGAAGCUACGGGAGAGAUAGUUGACAUUCAGCCACGUGGAAAAGAGAUUAGUGUCGUACGCGAUAUUGUUGAACAAAUCCACGAGGAGAAAUUUAGCGAACGGAAGGAUUUUCUGCGAAUCUGA